AUGUUUCAACUGCCUCGUAUUUCCCGUGUAGCCGUCAUUGGUGCUGGUCCUGGCGGUCUCGCUGCUGCUCGAGCACUACGUGAAGAGGGUGCAUUCGACACUAUUACAGUAUUUGAAAGAAAUGCGAAAGUAGGCGGUACAUGGUACGUUAAACAAAGAAAAAUAGAAAAGAAAAAUUUCAUAAUAUUUUGCCUGUAUAGGUUAUAUUCUGAAAAGCCAAACUUUCCACCACCUCUGCCAUCAGUGAAUGCAAUUGACGUCGAUCCUCCAAACCAGCCGGCACUACAGCACCCACCUGUUUCAGCCAUUUAUGACAAUCUGCACACCAAUCUUACAAAGGAUGUUAUGGCAUACCGUGACAUUCCAUUCCCCAAAAACUACCCACUGUUUCCUACGCGUACCCAAGUGCUUGACUACAUUCAAGAUACUGCAGAGCAAUACGACUUGUUAUCUAUGAUCCGCUUCAAUACGACGGUCGUUCGAGCGGAGCCGGUGGAUGAUAACGAUAGGCAAAAGAAGUGGCAAGUCAGUGUCACUGAAUGGCGUGACAAUAAAGUGACAAAUUAUACCGAGUCAUACGAUGCAGUUGUGGUCGCUUCGGGUCACUACUAUGUGCCCUAUUUACCAGAUGUUGAAGGAUUACCAGAGUUCGCCAGUAUAGCAAAAGUGAUCCAUUCUCGAGAUUAUCGUCGUCCGGAAGAUUAUGGAAGCAAGACUGUUCUAGUCGUUGGAAAUGGAUCUUCUUCUGCAGAUAUGGUUCGGGAAAUCUCCACGACAGCCACCAAGGUAUAUCACUGUGUACGAGGUGACGAUACCUCGUUUUCACGAACUGUGGCGGAAAACAUGCCUGCAAAUGCCGAACGGAUUGGAGCUCUUGGCAGGUUUUCAGCAUCAGCCGGUAUGGUUGAAUGUCAAGACGGCAAGCAGAUCCAAGGCGUUGAUACGGUCAUCUUCGCCACAGGUUACCUUUAUUCUUUCCCGUUCUUGCCAUUUGAACAAGGCAAUUUGAUUGUGGAUGGACAGAAGGUGCUUGGCUUGUACGAGUACAUGUUUUAUAUCAACAACCCUACUCUUACCUUUGUUGGCCUUCCGAUCCGUGUUGUACCUAUGCCAAUGAUGCAACUACAAAGCACAGUGAUUGCUCGUUGUUAUAGCGGACGCAUCAUGUUGCCUUCCCUGGAAACCAUGCAAGAGACCAUCAAGGACGAGACUAAUUCGCGCAAGGAAUUAGUGAUGGGUGUACAAAGCGAGUUGGGCUAUGUGGAUCGUAUUGGUGCCUGGGCUGAAGGGUAUCGAGGUGACAGUAUCGAGGACUGGAAGUCCUCUGACCCAGUCACUGGACGUUUGUCAGAAGAAUGGCGAGAGAAUAGAGUCAAUUCAUUGGAGUUGCGUAGAAAGUACUUGGGAUAUUAA